GUUCCGGUAACUUAAAAGAAACAUGGCUGCUGUGACGCCAUGUCCAGAUUGAAAAUGACAAUGUAAAAUAGGAAAUUGUCCGUAUGAAAGGCCUUACUCGGCCCCCUUUUCUAGAUUUUGUACAUAUUUUAGUAACUGGCAGACUGUUUAGUGUGAAAAGAAGGCUUCAAAGACAUUUGGGGCGUUCGAUUUUAUGUUAAUGGAUUAAUAUGAAUCUAGACUCUUUAUCAUUUGCUUUGGCUGAAAUAAGUUAUUCAGUGGCCAAUCUAACGAAGAAAAAUUUUAAGUCGAGUGUCGCUGAAAUAAGUCAUCUUCUAAGUAAACACGGUGCUGAGGCAGAUCGACACUUGUUUCGCUGCCUUUUUUCUCAUGUAGACUUCAGCGGUGAUGGUAGAAGCAGUGGAAAAGAUUUUCAUCAGACACAGUUUUUGAUACAGGAAUUUGGAAGUCUACUUGGAAAACCAAAUUUAGUAUCAACUCUGUGUUACGCAAUUGACAACCCUCUUCAUCAUCAGAAGAGUUUGAAACCAUCAUCACAGCUCUUUGCUCAAGUCAGUCGUGUCUUGAAGCUAACUCGAGUUCAAGAGGUGGUAUUUGGACUAGCUCUCCUUAACUCCUCCAACUCUGAAACAAGGAACUAUUCUGCCCAGUUUGUCAAACAAAAGCUGCCUGAUCUCAUCAAAUCCUAUGUUGAUGCAGACAGUAGCUUAAAACAGGAAGGAGGCUUGCAGGACGCUCCCAUUGAAGUUAUUCAUCUUUUGUUAACAAGCCUUUUUAAAUGUAAAGACAAUUUUGGCAUUGGAACAGAGCAGAAAGAAGUUUUUAUUAGGACUUUGAAGAAAGACUUUCCUUUUGAGAGGGUCCCUGUGAUUUUGGGACCAUUGCUAUAUCCAGACGCAGAGGAUUUAUUCAUAGAGAAAUUAGCAGACACAUCCACCAUGCCUAAAUCAGCACUGGAUGCCUCUCUGGCUGAGAUGAUACAUGAAGCUGGCUACAGUUGUACCACAAGCAUUGAAGAAUGUCGUGGAAGUCUAAUGCAGUUUGGUGUAAGGGAGAUCUCCCCAUCUUCUGUGGCAAAAGUUUUAGGUAUGAUGGCAAGAACCCCAACAGGAUUGGAUGGACAAAACAUGCAGCAGGCACAUACAAGCUUGGCUCCAGGGUCAGGUUGGGGUGACAUGAUGGACAAGGGAGAUAAACCUGGAUUCAACACGUGGAAUGUGGAAGUCUUCGUUUCAGUCAUACAAGAUCUGGCCCCACAUUUCAACUGGCGAGAUGUUGUUGGAGAGCUGGACCAUUCCACCUUCCUUGUAGUGAACAAAAGGGGGCUAAGACUGCUACUCCAGGGAUUAAAUCGGGGCCUACAGGACGUGUUCCCCAUAGAGUACAUCUACCGACCCUGGAAAAACACAGAGGGACAGCUGUCCUUCAUCGUCCAGUCUCUGAGGAAUCCUGACGUAUUCUGUUUUGCGGAUUACCCUUGUCAUACUGUGGUGAUCGACAUCCUGAAGUCCGCGCCAGAUGACGACAACAGAGAAAUAGUCACAUGGAAGUCCUUGGACCUGGUGGAGACCUUGUUGAGACUGUCAGACUCAGGGCACUACCAGACUGUAUCAGAGAUGUUUAAAAUCCCUGUCCAGAAUUGUCCAGAUAUGCUGGUGCUGGCACUUCUGCAAAUUUCGCCCACCUGGAACACUCUAAAGCAGGAACUGAUAUCGACCCUGAUGCCAAUCUUUCUUGGGAAUCAUUCCAAUUCUGCCGUGGUACUCCACUAUGCCUGGCACUGCCAGGGUCACUCCAGCACAAUCCGGACCCUCAUCAUGCACUCCAUGGCUGAGUGGUACAUGCGGGGGGAGCAACAUGACCAGGGCAGGCUCUCUAGAAUUCUAGACGUUGCACAGGACUUAAAGGCAUUAUCAAUGCUGCUGAAUGCCACACCGUUUGCCUUUGUGAUUGACUUGGCUUGUUUGGCCUCCAGAAGAGAAUACCUGAAGCUAGACAAGUGGCUUUCCGACAAAAUCAGAGAGCAUGGGGAACCCUUUAUCCAGACCUGUGUGAAUUUCCUCAAGCGUAGAUGUCCUCAGCUGGUGGGCGGACUCUCUAAGGACGAGAACCAGCCUCAGAUGAAGAGCCAGAUGUUGCCCACAGAAACCAUAGCCACCAUGUUGUCCUGUCUCCAGCAGUGUGCGAGGAUUAAUAGUCUCAGAAGCCAAGUAUCUCAGGAGUUGUCGGAGGCCAUUCUGACAAUGGUAGCCAAUGCAACAAUGCUCUUAAACAAACCAAGACAGGCUCCACCAGGGGUGGUGGGACCCGUACCCAAAACAAUGCCCAAUAUACCACCACCCCCCAGCAAUCCGCUUGAUGAGAGCAAUACUCUUGGAAUUCCCAAGUCGUGGACAAUGAGUGCUGUGGGAAAUUCUGGGUUUCCCCAGGGUCUGGCUGCUCCACUGACUUCUACCACUACCCCGGGGUCCCCAGCCAAGCCAGGAUUUCAACAAAUCACGCAGCCCUCAUCUGUGACCGGGCUGCAGGGGAUUUCUUCACAACUCCAAUCUCUGUCAAUUCAAAAUCCAUUAGCACCUCCAAGAAAUCCAGGAAUCAACACAUUAGUUGGACAAGCCAUGCUGAAACCCUCCCCUCCCCAGGGGGCACCCCCUCAGGCUCAGCCUACUCAAGCAACCUUAGGCCAACAACAGGCAUUGACUCCUCAGGCGGUGGUUAGACCAAUAGGCCAGACAGCUGGAGACAUAUCCAGCAUUUUCCCAGAUAUUCAGCAGCAGUUUUCCAAAGAGGUGGAGGAUGAAGCCAAUUCGUACUUCCAGAGGAUUUAUAACCAGCCUCCAACCCCCACCAUGUCCAUAGAUGAAGUGCUGGACAUGCUGAAGCGGUUCAAAGAUUCUCCCGACAAAAAAGAAAAGGAUGUGUAUGAGUGUAUGUUGAGGAACUUGUUUGAAGAGUACAGAUUUUUCCCUCAGUAUCCUGAGAGGGAGUUACACACAACAGCCGUUUUAUUUGGAGGAAUCAUCGAGAAAGGAUUAGCAACGUAUAUGGCGUUAGGAAUUGCCCUUAGAUAUGUGUUGGAGGCAUUGAAGAAGCAACACAAUUCCAAAAUGUAUUUCUUUGGAAUUGCAGCACUAGACAGAUUUAAAACGAGAUUAAAAGACUACCCCCAGUAUUGUCAGCAUCUAGCAGCUAUUCCUCAUUUUCACCAGUUCCCGCAACAUCUCAUCGAGUUUGUGAAAUACGGAGCCCAGUCCCAGGAGCCUCCCCAACAGCCUGUUUCCUCUCGCAGUAUUUCCCCCACCAUGGGGAGUCUGGGGCUCACAGGAUUGCACACCGGACCCUUAGGAAUGAUGCAGCCGUCUGGGACCCCCACCUCCAGUGUCGCCGGAUCUAGUCAUGAGGGAAUUCCCACGACCACUGUAUCUACAUCUACCCCAAUCUCCUCAGCCCAGCCAGCAGCCAAACCCUUACCAAAGGUACCGCCCUCCAUUGCCAGCGCUACAAACAUUGACACACUGCUGGCAGGACAGGGGAAGGAGGAAUUCUCCGUUCCCCCGGAGACAGUUCAGGACAAGGUCUUCUUCAUUUUCAACAACCUUUCACUGGCCAACAUGGUUCAGAAGGCUGAGGAGUUUAAGAAGGAGGUGACUGAGGAGUACCUGCCCUGGGCCGCUCAGUACUUGGUGAUGAAGAGGGCCAGCAUUGAACCAAACUUUCACACACUCUAUGCCAAUUUUGUGGAUGCCUUGAAUCUCUCAAAACUUGCAACUAUGGUGACAAAGGAGACUUUCAGAAAUAUCAGGGUAUUGUUAAGAAGUGAUAAAGGCGACGCUAAUUUCUCAGACAGGACACUGCUGAAAAACUUGGGUCAUUGGUUGGGAAUGUUAACCCUGGCCAAAAAUAAACCCAUCCUUCAAAUAGACAUAGACUUGAAAGGUCUGUUGUAUGAAGCUUACCACAAAAGUUCCAGGGAGCUCCUCUAUGUCGUUCCGUUUACUGCCAAAGUAGUGGAGUCCUGUGCAAAAAGCAAGGUUUUCAAACCACCCAAUCCAUGGACAGUGGCAAUCAUGAAUGCACUUGCUGAACUUCAUCAAGAACCCGACCUGAAAUUAAACUUGAAGUUUGAAAUAGAAGUCUUAUGUAAGACUCUGAAUAUUAACUUAGGGGAUCUGAAACCAGGAAAUUACUUGAAAGACACCUUGAGACUGCAGACUCAUGAGCCCCAGCUGUCAUCAGUGAAACCUGUGAUGCAGCCUGCCCCCAUCACCCCACAGCCAGAACCGUCCCUUAUUCUGACAGCCUCCACCCCCACUGUCACGACAACCACUGUCACCACGGCAGCCACAGUCCCCACCACUAGCACACCCAACCUGCCACCAAGGCCACAGUUUGCAUAUGAAGAUAUCAACACCAACAACUUUGCUACUUUAGCUAAUCAGAUUCACAUGAGUGGACAGGUGGCCCUGUUACAGACGUACCCCAACCUUAAGCAGCUGGUCAAGAUGGCUGUAGAGAAAUCUGUGCAGGAGCUGAUGCCUCCAGUGGUAGAGAGAACAAACAAAAUCACACUCACUACAUGUGAACAAAUCAUCAAGAAGGACUUUGCAUUGGACCCUGAAGAAACCAGAAUGCGGGCAGCAGCUCACCAUAUGAUCAGAAACAUGACAUCCGCCCUGGCCCUCAUCACAUCAAGGGAACCCCUAUACCACAGCAUCUCAACUAAUCUUAAGACUGCAUUUAUGAGUGCACUCAGACUCACAGCAGAGGCAGCCAGCACUCAGGAGAAGGAUGCUAUAGAACAAGCUGCCACAGUCCUGGCGACAGACAAUGCCGAGUUAGCUUGUGUCUUCAUACAGAAAACUGCAGUGGAGAGGGCCAUUCCUGAGAUGGACAAGAGACUGGCCACGGAAUAUGAACUUCGUAAACAUGCCAGAAAUGAAGGCAGGCGAUACUGCGAUCCAGGAGUUCUGACCUAUCAAGCUGAGAGAAUGCCAGAACAGAUUAGACUAAAGGUUGGAGGAGUAACACCGGCUCAGAUUUCAGUGUAUGAAGAAUUUGCACAUAAUAUUCCUGGAUUUCUUCCCACGAAUGAGACUCCACAGCCCCACCCAGGGGUGACCAAACCUGUGCCUGUUCAGCCAGAUGAAAUUUCUCAGAUGUUGGAGAAAAUUGGAAGAGAUAUUGAGCAAGUCCUGCAAACUUUCAUGGUUCCUCCAUCAAAUCCCCUUGCAAAUCAGCUACACAAAGUUAUAGAGGCUGUAAUGUAUGCUAGGAACAGCAGAGAAAUCGGAUCGAUUGAGACUCUGCUUCAGAAGACGGUGAACGGACUGAUGGAAUUGUACACCAACAAUACUACAGAGCAGGAGCUCAUGAGUAGAUUCCGUGACUGUCACAUUCUAGUACUCAAAUGCUUACAUGACCCACGGGCAUACGGUCCAGUGUGGCUCAAAAAACAGGUGACCCGUGCCCUUAUUGAACGGAGUGAUGAUCAAAAGUACAAUUUGGAGGCGUUGGAUUGUCUCAUUCGUAACCAGCUGGUGGCCCUGCCACAGUAUGACAUGUAUGUGGUGCAGCUGAUGGACAACGGAAUGAACUAUAUGGCUGUGGCCUUCGCUAUGCAGUUAGUUCAGAGAUACUGUGUUAGUGAUAAACAUAGUGCUGUUCUUACUGAGGCGGACUUUGCCAACACAAUAGAAGCUCUAAAUGCCAUCUCCACCAGGUCCAUUAAUCCACCUGAAGGGUUGCAGACUUUGCUUGACAGCCUGCGUCCUAGCAAUGUUAGCAGCACUACUACUGCUGCCCCAAGCACCGACUUUGUCUUUGUGGACCAGACUGCAGCCCUAAAGGCAGCCUCAGGAAUGAUGCACACAGGGAUCAUCCAGGCCAGAGAUAUUGAUGGGGACCCUCCAGGGCUUCACGAAAAGGCGGAGUACCUCCUAAGAGAGUGGGUCAAUAUGUACCACUCCCCCGCUGCUGGCAGGGACAGCACAAAAGCAUUCACUGCAUUUGUCCAACAGAUGCACCAGCAGGGUAUACUGAAGAAUGAUGAUGUAAUCACACGGUUCUUUCGUCUUUGUUCCGAGAUGUGUGUAGAUCUUUGCUACAGAGCCAUGGGUGAGGUCACUCCCACCAUCAAUCAGGCCCUAGUGAGAGCCAAGUGUUUCUACACGCUGGACGCAUUUGUUCGCCUUAUUGCCCUGUUGAUCAAACACUCAGGAGACAAUGCUAAUACAGUGACAAAAAUCAAUCUUCUUAACAAGGUGCUCGGAAUUGUGGCAGGUGUUUUGCUUCAGGAUCACAUAGUGAGGAUGUCAGAAUUCCAGCAGCUUCCGUAUCACCGGAUUUUUAUUAUGCUCUUUAUUGAGUUGAAUGCACCAGAACAUAUCCUAGAAAACAUCAACUACCAGGUCCUCACAGCAUUCUGCAACACUUUCCACGUGCUGAGACCUGCCAAGUCGCCAGGAUUUUCCUACGCAUGGUUGGAGUUUAUAUCACAUCGUGUCUUCAUUGGUCGAAUGUUAGCUCUGACACCCCAACAAAAGGGGUGGGGAAUGUAUGCCCAGUUGCUGAUUGAUCUGUUCAAGUUUCUGGCUCCUUUCCUGAGGAAUGCUGAUCUCACAAAACCCACUCAGAUGUUGUACAAGGGAACGCUGAGGGUUUUACUGGUCCUGCUUCAUGACUUCCCAGAGUUCCUCUGUGAUUACCAUUAUGGAUUCUGUGAUGUCAUUCCACCAAACUGUGUUCAGAUGCGUAAUCUAAUUCUUAGUGCAUUUCCUCGGAACAUGAGGCUCCCCGAUCCGUUCACACCAAACCUGAAGGUGGAUAUGUUGGCAGACAUUUCUCAUCCACCUCGCAUUCUCAUCAACUUUGCAAGCAAAAUCCAGCCAGCUCAGUUUAAAAAGGAUUUAGAUUCCUACUUGAAGUCGAGAUCUCCUGUGACGUUUGUAUCAGACUUGCGAAGCUACUUGCAGUCUAGUGAGCCUGGAACCCGAUACAAUAUUCAGCUGAUGAAUGCCUUGGUUCUGUAUGUGGGCACACAAGCCAUACAAUUCAUCCAUGGUAAAGGUCUGACGCCCAGUAUGAGCACUAUUGCCCACUCCGCCCACAUGGACAUCUUCCAGAACUUGGCCGUUGCCUUGGACACAGAAGGUCGAUACCUGUUCUUGACUGCCAUAGCUAACCAGCUGAGGUACCCCAAUAGCCACACCCACUAUUUCAGUUGUACACUUCUGUACUUGUUUGCGGAGGCAAAUACCGAGGCCAUUCAGGAGCAGAUAACUAGGGUGCUGUUGGAGAGGCUCAUCGUGAACAGACCUCACCCCUGGGGGCUCCUCAUCACCUUCAUUGAAUUGAUCAAGAAUCCUCAGUUCAAGUUUUGGAAUCAUGAGUUUGUGCAUUGUGCCCCGGAGAUAGAGAAACUCUUUGAAUCAGUGGCCAGAUCCUGCAUGCAACCAAAACAAAAUCAGCAAGCUUCAACUGGUAUACGAGAAUCAGAAACAAACGAAAUGCACUAGCUGCAGAGCAUGACGUCGCAACAGACUUCCUCACAACUGCUUAUUAGGACUGAAUGAACGCUCAUUGUUUUAACAGCUUAUAUACAGUCUACAAAGUUUGCACAAAUCAUAAUCUGGAUUCAUAUUGAGUGAUUAAUUUAUUUUGGUAUUUUAAUAUAUGCCUUCAAUGCACAGAAUUGGUAAUUAUCAUGGUAGCUGAAUUUACCCAGUCUUUCAACCAUGACAUUUGUAUUAUAGAGGCAUUUAUGUCCAGUCUGUGGUAUCUGCAAUGAAUCAUGUGUAGGUGAAUUCAGAUUUCAGGAGUUUGUUAUUGUGAGAAAGAGGACAUUGUGAAGAGAAAACAACUGUGUUGUUAUGACUGGACAUUGGAUAACUUACAAAGCACACAGUAUUUUGUUGAUUGUACAUAGAUUUCUCAUUCUGUAAUUUAAAUUCUUAAGAGGAUAUAUAUAUAUAUGAUAUAGAUUUAUUUGUGUACAGGACUUUCAGAUUAUCAUCCAUAUGAAUGAAUGGUGCACACUCAAUAAGGAGCUGAACAUAUUGUCGUCAUUUCUGUUUGAAGUUUGAUUAAACAUUAAAUUACUUGAA